AUGUAUUCUCUUCUCCUCGACGGGGCGUGUGCCGAGAAGGGCAAUCGCCGGUAUCCAGCCGCUGACCAUAGAUUUGUUCCCAGGAAUGAGGGGAUACGCUGCGACAAGCGGAAGCCUGUCUGCUAUCGCUGUCGAAGCAACAGCCGCAAAUGUAGCUGGGGGCCAUCGACGUCCCGAUCAUCCCCAUUACCCAGCAAGGGCCCGGCAGACAACGUUGCCACAGGUGCGAGACUCCUGCUUCCUCGCCGGAAUCCGCGCGAGCUAGCCGUCGACCAAUUCAUUGCCAUCAUUGCCCCCACCUUCGCUGGGCCCUUCGAUACAGAAUUCUGGUCCCGUGAGAUCCCGCGGUUCUGCCUGCUGGAUGACGCCGUCUUCCACGCCGUCAUAGCCCUCAGCGCUCUCUGUCGUGACUACAAGUUUGACCGCGCAGAGCCGGAAGAACCGAAUGUCUUUGCUCUUCAACAGGCCAACCUGGCGAUCCAGCAGCUCACCCAGCCUCGCUCGAACCACAUGGAGAGCCAAUGGCGUGUUCUCACCACGUGCAUCUUGUUCAUCUGCAUCAGUCUUGUUGAUAGACGCUUUGAGCAGGCACGUUUGCACUUCAAACAUGGGUUUAAAAUUUAUCAGCAGCUCGAGGAAGCGGGGCAAAAGGGGGCAAAACGCCAACCUGGGAAACGUGAUCUCGUCCUACGAUCCUGCCCCGUAGCCCUUUCGUCGGUCCAGGCUGUAUUGGCGGGCUUCCAGGUACGUGACCGCUCACUACUCGAGAUUGGAGACGCGGCCGAAAGAACAGCGCCCAAACCGCCGGGCAACACCAAAUCUAGCCUCAGUCUCUCCUACCAGGGCCUCGACCAAGAUUCAAUCCCCGAAGAAGGUCUUGCCAUUGAGAACCUAAGAUUGGCCAUGUGUGCAAGCGAGUCACUGAUGUUCGAGCUCGUUCUCUUUACAUACAAACAUGCCGAGGACUUAAAGAACCUUUUUUUAAGUCGGCGAGUACAACUUCCCUCAAUCACGCGGAAGCAAAGGCCUUACACAGUCUGCUAUUCAGAGAUCCAACGUACCAUGGCAGCGUUUGAGCAGUGGGUUUCCUCGUCUUCGGACGAGUCAGAUUGGGGACCAGUAGUCCGACACCAGAUUCGCAAAGGUCUGAAGUAUAUUCGCAUCUACCAACUGGCCAACUCCCUUCUCCUCAAUACGGACCCAGAUACGCCGAACCCUGUCUCGCGAUUGAGAAAGCUACCGGAGCUAUGUAGCACGAUAGUCGAUCUAAUGGAAGAGGUGCUUGAUAUGGAGGCCCAUGGUUACGGUUGUGGAAAUGGAGAAUACAUCCUUCCAAGGCUUGGUUUAACCAACCCUAUACGAACUCUUGUCCAGUUUGGAUUCGGGUACGAUACGCGAAAACGUGCCAUAUCGCUUCUCCGUCGACCGAGACUCGAGGGUUUUUGGGAUACACUCAUGUCAGCCAGCAUCCUUGAGGCCAUACUUGAACGCGAGAUGGAGGAUUUGAAGUUAGAUCAAUCGAGACCAGAUGCCCAGGAGCGCAUUCCUAUCCUAAAAGAUACAGGGGUCGAAGAGGUUGACAACGGCACUUAUCCGCUGUAUCGUGUUUUCGUUACCAGCUUUAAAUUCUUAGGGGAAAGAAGUGCCAUAGCAUCCCUCAGGCUGUGGCAGGAGUAUAUUGACGGAGUGUCUGGCCAGGAAAAAAUCAUCACCUGGUGA